AGAGAGGAAAUAUAAUACGCAUACAUUUUCCAUUUCCCACCCCCGAAACGUUACUUCCCAAAUUGAGCCAAAACCUAAGACAGAGGAGACGAAAAUCUACAAGUUUUUCCAACGCCAGGAUGGAUAUCGGACCGGCAGCGUUGGCGUCGAUGGAGCCGUCUUCCUCCUCUUCAUCGGCUCCGCCAAACUCCGCGUCAUCUUCGGGUGGUUCUUCGCCGGGUUCGAGGGACGCCGGAAGUAGUUAUACUAAUGAUGUUAAUAAGAUUAAUGGUGUCAAUAACCACGAUUUAUUGGAUGAUGACGAGGAGGGGGACGUUUGCCGGAUUUGUCGGAACCCUGGGGACGCGGAUAAUCCCCUGCGAUACCCCUGCGCUUGCAGUGGCAGCAUUAAGUUCGUUCACCAAGAUUGCCUUCUUCAAUGGCUUAAUCACAGCAAUGCUCGUCAAUGCGAGGUCUGCAAACAUCCAUUUUCAUUCUCUCCAGUCUAUGCUGAAAAUGCUCCCACGAGGCUUACUUUUCAGGAAUUUAUUGUUGGAAUAUCUAUGAAAGCCUGUCAUGUUCUGCAAUUCUUUUUGCGCCUCAGUUUUGUACUUUCAGUUUGGCUUCUCGUCAUUCCUUUCAUUACAUUUUGGAUAUGGCGAUUAGCAUUUGUUAGAAGCUUCGGUGAAGCGCAAAUACUAUUUUUGAGUCACUUAUCUACAACAGUCAUUCUAACUGAUUGUCUGCAUGGAUUUCUGCUCUCUGCAAGCAUUGUGUUCAUUUUUCUUGGAGCAACUUCUCUUAGAGAUUAUUUUAGACAUUUACGAGAGAUUGGAGGACAAGAUGUUGACAGAGAAAAUGACGGAGAUAGAAAUGGGGCUCGUGCUGCAAGAAGGCAUGCUGCUCAGGCCAAUAGAAAUCUUGUUGGUGAUGUGAAUGGUGAAGAUGCUGGUGGAGCCCAAGGAGUUGCUGGUGCUGGUCAGAUAAUCCCAAGGAAUGCUGAGAAUGUGGCAGCACGAUGGGAGAUACAAGCAGCUCGUCUUGAGGCUCAUGUUGAACAGGUAUUUGACGGUUUGGAUGAUGCUGAUGGUGCAGAGGAUGUACCUUUCGAUGAACUGGUUGGUAUGCAAGGACCUGUAUUUCAUUUGGUCGAGAAUGCAUUUACUGUUCUUGCAAGUAAUAUGAUAUUCCUUGGAGUUGUGAUCUUUGUUCCUUUCUCAUUUGGGCGUAUAAUACUUUACUACUUAUCAUGGCUUUUGUCCUCUGCGAAAAGUCCAGUGUUAUCAACUGUCAUGCCGCUUACAGAAUCGGCCCUUUCUUUAGCCAACAUAACACUGAAGAAUGCAUUAACUGCAGUUAUGAAUAUGACAUCUGACAAUCAAGAAGAUAGUUUGCUUGGCCAGGUUGCUGAGAUGCUGAAAGUAAAUGCUAAAGGACUGAAUGCAGUAGUAUCAAGCAACCUAACUUCGACAGAUUCAAAUGCCCUCCUGAAAGGACAAUCUGCUCUGGCAUCACGGCUAUCUGAUGUUACCACACUUGCUGUUGGCUAUAUGUUCAUAUUUUCACUAGUUAUUUUUUACCUUGGAAUUGUUGUCUUAAUUCGCUAUGCUAGAGGAGAUCCUUUGACCAUGGGAAGGUUCUAUGGUAUUGCUUCCAUUGCAGAAACUAUUCCGUCCCUUUUCAGGCAGUUUGUCACAGCCAUGAGACAUUUGAUGACUAUGAUUAAGGUUGCUUUCCUUCUGGUUAUUGAGCUUGGGGUUUUCCCCUUGAUGUGUGGUUGGUGGCUGGAUGUUUGUACCGUAAGGAUGUUUGGAAAGUCAAUGUCACACAGAGUUGAGUUCUUUUCGCUGUUCCCGCUGGCAAGCUCAUUGGUUCACUGGAUUGUGGGAAUUGUUUACAUGCUGCAAAUAAGUGUCUUUGUCAGCCUUCUUCGAGGGGUUUUGCGUAGUGGAGUUCUAUACUUUCUUCGAGAUCCAGCUGAUCCUAAUUACAAUCCAUUCCGUGAUUUGAUCGAUGAUCCACUGCACAAACAUGCCCGUAGAGUUUUGUUGUCUGUUGCUGUUUAUGGGAGUUUGAUAGUGAUGCUAGUAUUUUUUCCCGUUAAACUUGCCGUGCAAAUGGCUCCUUCCAUUUUUCCUCUAGAUAUAUCUCUUUCUGAUCCAUUCACUGAAAUUCCUGCUGACAUGCUUCUAUUUCAAAUAUGCAUUCCAUUUGCUAUCGAACAUUUUAAGCUGCGGAGUACAUUCAAACUCAUCCUACGAUAUUGGUUUAUUGCCGUUGGCUGGGCACUCGGUUUAACAAAUUUUUUACUUCCAAAGCCAGAAGAUAAUCAUGGCCAUGGAGAUGGAAACGGCGUUCCUGGGAGACGGGAUAGGGGACAUGCGUGGUUGGGUGGACCUGAACAAGCCCCUCUUGGAGUUGCUGCAGAUGCUGUAAACAGAGACAGAAAUGCCAGAGCAAAUUCCAGCUUUGCUCAGGAGUACGAUGAUGAGGAACCAACUGAUCUAGAGUGGGGCUUUGUGCUUCGCAUAGUGAUGUUGUUGUUGGUUGCUUGGAUGACUCUGCUCAUCUUCAACUCUCUGUUGAUAGUUGUACCUGUCACACUUGGGAGAGCACUCUUCAAUGCCCUUCCACUUCUUCCAACAACACAUGGAAUCAAGUGCAACGGUAAAGUAAUUAUUUAUUUCGUUGCAGUUCGUGUAGUUUCUUUGCAGAUUCAGUUUAUCCUUGCAGUUUCAGCCCACACGGUUUUCUCAUACAGAAUUUUAUUGACAAAACUAGAUAUUGCCCUCUCAGUAAUUAUCCCUCCUCCUCCCCUCUUUAACUAG